AUGGCAUGACGUCAUCAAUACAAACGCCAAUGCAGGGCAUGACGUCAUCAAUGGAAACGCCAAUGCAUGGCAUGACGUCAUCAAUACAAACGCCAAUGCAGGGCAUGACGUCAUCAAUGGAAACGCCAGCGCUGGCGGGGGCGGCUCUGCCAGAUACCGCAGAGACGUUUUUGUCAGUGAUGGCGAGAAUGUCAAUUUGAACGCAGACGACAUCGAAGCGGGCGCCACUCAAUCCAGCCAGAAGCUGUCCAAAAAAAGCAGCCGAGGGAACGACAUCCUCAACUUGGAAUCGCACAAACCCCGUCGCGAGUCGAAAGACGUGGAGGGGGAAAGCGAAGCCCUGGUGCCGGCGGAUGAACCGGAGACCGCCGAAAGGGAAGACAUCGAGGGAGAGCCGGGGGCCGUGGAGAAGGUGGGGUCGAUGCAGGCGGCCUCGAAAGGGGUGGUCGGCUCCCUCAGCAGCCAGUCGAAGCACGUCAACAUCCAGGAGGUGACCAGGGCGUCCCCGAGGGUGGUCAGGAAGAAGAAGAAGAAGAGGAGGGUCAAGAAGACCCGUACCGAGGAAGUCAAGGAGGUGGAGCCGGUGCGGUGCCCGUUGUUCCAAGGCUGGGACUACGGGACGACCUUGGAGAAGCACACGAUGGACCACGUGCCCAUGGACAGUGACAUCACACAACUGUUGUUAACGGUGAGUGGGCGCAUCGUGUAGCAGGGGAGCAGAUGGAGAAUGCAAGUAGGGGGUGUGGGGGGUACCCGGGAGGAAUUUUAAAAGUGUUUACCGCAUUAGCUGCAGCUGUAAAGAGAGAAGAGUAGCCAUAUAUUGGUCUGACCAAGUUAAAUUUGAUUCUAAGUAAUGUGUAGCCAUAUAUUGGUCUGACCAAGUUAAAUUUGAUUCUAAGUAAUGUGUAGCCAUAUAUUGGUCUGACCAAGUUAAAUUUUAUUCUAAGUAAUGUGUAGCCAUAUAUUGGUCUGACCAAGUUAAAUUUUAUUCUAAGUAAUGUGUAGCCAUAUUUUGGUCUGACCAAGUUAAAUUUGAUCCUAAUUGAUGUGUAGCCAUAUAUUGGUCUGACCAAGUUAAAUUUGAUCCUAAUUGAUGUGUAGCCAUAUGUUGGUCUGACCAAGUUAAAUUUGAUUCUAAGUGAUUUGUGCACCGCUUUGUCCAAAUAUGCCAGCCUGCACCACUGUAUUAAAUGAUGUGGUCUCACAUGUGGUCUCACAUGUGGUCUCACACGUGGUCUCAUGUGUGGUCUCAUGUGGUCUUAUGUGUUCUCAUAUGCGGUAUCAUAUGUGUUCUCAUAUGUGGACUCACAUGUGGUCUCAUAUGUGGUCUCAUGUAUGGUCUUACGUAUGGACGCACGUGUGGUCUCAUAUGUGGUCUCAUGAGUCGUCCCAGCGUGCACCAAGUUGACGGGUGCUAACAUGAUCAAAUUUUUUGACAUAAAUUAUAACUGAUCAUUAAUGGGAUGUACAUUCCUCUUUUAAAAAAUGGUAGGACAAACUAUCCAACUGCUAUUAAUGUGACUAUAAAAUGAAUGAACUACACACAGGCCAAAAAGGGCAACUAUCAUUAGCAUUGAAAUACGUGUGAACUUAUUUUGUUUACCCGUAGCGGACGACCAAAAUGUUGUGGCUGAAGGCGGGCAGUAGCUUCAAAAGGGAUUUGCUGGUACCGCUGCAGUAUCCCUCCGCCAUCCACGCGGAGAAAACUGACGUCAAGGCGUACCUGGCCCAACACGGUAUUAGGGAGCACUUUCAGGUCAAUAUGUGUUCCGUCCAUUCGAUUGGGUUAGACUGCAGACUUCCGUUAGUCUGUGUUGUGUUGUAACCGUCAGUUAGUCCAUGUUCUAUUGUGACCGUCCGUUGGUCCAUAUUCUAUUGUAACCGUCCGUUAGUCCAUGUUCUAUUGUAACCGUCCGUUUGUCCACGUUCUAUUGUGAACGUCCGUUGGUCCAUGUUCUGUUGAAACCGUCCGUUAGUCCAUGUUCUAUUGUAACCGUCAGUUAGUCCAUGUUGUAUUGAAACCGUCAGUUAGUCCAUGUUCUACUGUAACCGUCAGUUAGUCCGUGUUCUAUUGUAACCGUCAGUUAGUCCAUGUUCUACUGUAACCGUCAGUUAGUCCGUGUUCUAUUGUAACCGUCAGUUAGUUCAUGUUCUAUUGUAACCGUCAGUUAGUCCGUGUUCUAUUGUAACCGUCCGUUAGUCCAUGUUCUAUUGUAACCGUCCGUUAGUCCGUGUUCUAUUGUAACCGUCAGUUAGUCCGUGUUCUAUUGUAACCGUCAGUUAGUCCAUGUUCUAUUGUAACCGUCAGUUAGUCCAUGUUCUAUUGUAACCGUCUGUUAGUCCAUGUUCUAUUGUAACCGUCCGUUAGUCUGUGUUAUGUUGUAGCCGUUCGUUGUCUGUGUUCUAUUGUAGAGCCCCCAUAGUUUUAUUGUAAUCACUCCAAUAUUUGAUUGUAACUAUCCCUAAAUUUUGUUUGAAAAUAUUUGUUGUUUUCAUUCGCCGUCUUUUCCCCGUUUUUUAAAUCCAUUUAUGAAAUGUAGACUUGACAAAAUUUAACCAGGUUACCUGAUGCUAGAAGAUGCGUCAAAUUGGCAACAUAAGAACCUUUGAGAUCAGUCUGGAGAAAUCGACAUCCAGGCCAUAAUCUCUUUUGUAAGAGCAAGCUCAUUGUCUCAACGGGCGUUCAGUAGCAGCACCAUGCCUUCUCGCGCAGUGCCGCACGGUGGUGCUUCCAUAUUGUGUCUAAUUAUGUGUAAGUUGUGUCUCGGUGAAUUCGCGACGGAACACAAACAACACGCGCCGUCUCAUUUAACCUUUUCGCAUCCCAGAUACUUUCCCCAUGACCCAAAAUGCGUUUCUCCCACCCUGCACAAUUUCAGCAACACAUCUAUUAAAAAAAACAAUUUUAAACAUUCUUUAUAGUUACCGACAUCUCACCACUUACGAUACACAACAUGUCUACAAUAAGGAUGUUCUCGACCUCUUUCCAUUCACCCACAGCGUAUCACGAACUCAGUGCUGGAAGACCCCAAAAGCGAGGACCCGUUACAAAUGAUGAUAAACCAAGGGAACGUACUCUCGCGCCAAGCCGUUUACCAGAGAGAGGCUGAAAGCCUUCUCGACAAGAUGAUGAACAAACAAUACGCUAACCCCAUCUCCUUCCCGUCUUUCCUCAAAACGGAAGCUCUGCGCCAGGCGGAAGUAGCCGAAAGCGCGCCGACGGUCGAGGAAUCGGUUGACGAAGAAACCGAAGAGCAAAGCGACGAGCAGGCAACCAGCACCAUGGACGAGUCUGCCACGCUUACGGGGAAGACCAGUGGUUCGACCAACGCAACGAACGAAACGGGAGGAAAAUGAAAAAGCUCAAUCUUAGUUGUUUUUUUUAUACACACGUUAUUGGUUCGGGUAAAGGUCGUGGUCGAAUUUGCUCAACC